AUGAAUGAGUUAGAAAAUGCGAUUAACUCGACCGCCUCGCCUGCCACUCAGAAUCUGAAGGCUUCACCAUUUAUGGUCACAUUUUCCAUAUUUUACGUCAUCAUCAUCAUCGCCUCGCUCCUAGGGAAUUUCAUAGUUUUUGUGGUCAUACUCAGCACCAGAUCCCUGCUGCAAUCCAUCAACUCUAGCUUCGUCCUCUCCCUGGCAGUUUCUGAUCUGACAACAACUUGCCUGGUGAUGCCUUUUGACCUAGAGCGCAUUAUUUCAUUCAAACUCUGGAGACACGGCGAGAUCAUAUGCCAAGUAUGGACAACAACUUACCUACUUGCGGUGCCCACGUCCAUUCUAAGCUUGUUGGCUUUGGCAGUUUAUCGAUAUCGACUCUUAAAAGACCCUCUAGAUAUCUACAAAUCCUCACCGCUGAUGACUCGCAGGCGCGCCUUUAUAGUCGUCUGCUGUUUAUGGGCAUACUCCACGCUCUUCUCACUCGCCCCAGUCUUUGGCUGGAAACGGAACCCAAGAAGUGUAAAUCACGGAUACUGUCAUUUCAACGUCUCUCUGAUUUAUUCAGUCUUGAGUUCGAUGAUAAAUUUUGUGACACCAGUUAUAAUCGCUUCUUUCCUGAACUGUAAAAUGUUCUGCCUUGCAACCAAAAGGUUGCAACCUCCAAAAGCUGGCCGCAGAAAUGGCAAAAUUCAACAAAACCCAACGAGACCAAGUCCAGUCCAAGACGGCGCCAACUCACCCCCAACAGAACAACAGGUCAUUGAAUCGAUGCGAUCACAACAUGAAGCCAUCCUCAUCAGAAAAUUACAACGACGCAACACCCGUGCAGCAGCCAAGACAACAUUUCUGAUCGUGUUCUCGUUCGUGGUCUGUUGGCUACCCUUCUCAUUUCUGAGUAUCAUUGCAACUCUGUGCUUGACUUGUGCUCGAAAGAACCCAUCCUUUCUCAUGGAGAUCUUUCUUAUGAUGGGUUAUCUUAACUCAGCCAUUAACCCCGUUUUGUACAGCUUUCGCAGUUCCGAAUUUAAGAAAGCGGUUAAAGAUUUCAUUAGAAAGAAGCGCCUCUUUCGAGUUGAUCAAAUCAGGACCAAGAACACGUACGCUAUAGAAAGGCGGACACCAACUCUACAAAAUAUACCUUCCACUGACGAUUUUGGAGUCAAUUUGAAAUUUUAUAAUCGAUUUGAUAGUGCUAAGGGGAGCUGUGAGGCCGCAGAAAUGGUAAAACUCAUCAAAAUCGAACGAGACCUGAUCCAAUCCAAGACAACACCAAUUCAUUCGCAACAGGAACCACAACUCGUCAAAUCGAUGCGAUCACAACACGAAGCCAUUCUCAUCAAGAAAUUACAACGACGGAACAUUCGCGCAACUAAGACAACGUUUCUGAUCGUGUUCUCGUUCGUAGUCUGUUGGCUGCCCCACUCAUUUCUGAGUAUUAUUAGCGCUCUGUGCAUGUCAUGUGCUAUCAAUGUCGCAAUGCAUCCAAAAUUGUUUACCCUCUUUGUCAUAUUAAGGUAUCUUAAUUCAGUCAUUAAUCCCGUUUUGUACAGCUUUCGGAGUUCUGAAUUUAGGAGAGAGGUUAAAGAUUUCAUUAGAAAAAGGCGUCCCUUUCAAGGCGCGCAAAUACGGACGGAGAACACGCGCGUUAAGCAAAGGCAUUCAGCAACUCAAGACCAUACCCUCCAUUGA